CAAACGUGAGAACUGUUUAUAUCGACUAGUGGAGGAACCUGGCAUCGCGUUCGGUGGCUGCCUUUGCCAGGCUUUACGGCCCUUCUCGGCCCCCGUAGCGGACCGGAGAUAGUCGCUGGGCGGCUGGCUCUCCCUGGCUAUGGCGGGCGAUCUGGAGGGGUGCAAGUCCCUGAGCGGGCUGCUGAGCGGCCUAGCGCAGAACGCCUUCCACGGACACUCGGGCAUCACUGAGGAGCUGCUGCACAACCAACUCUAUCCGGAAGUGCCACCGGAGGAAUUCCGCCCCUUCCUGGCGAAGAUGAGGGGAAUUCUCAAGUCUAUUGCAUCUGCAGACAUGGAUUUCAACCAAUUAGAGGCAUUCCUGACAGCUCAAACCAAAAAGCAAGGUGGCAUCACCAGUGAACAAGCUGCAGUUAUCUCUAAGUUUUGGAAGAGCCACAAGACAAAAAUCCGAGAGAGCCUUAUGAACCAGAGCCGCUGGGACAAUGGACUUCGGGGCCUGAGCUGGAGAGUCGACGGCAAGUCUCAGUCGCGGCACUCAACUCAAAUACACAGCCCUGUUGCUAUAAUAGAGCUGGAAUUUGGGAAAAGUGGACAGGAAUCUGAAUUUCUGUGUCUGGAAUUUGAUGAAGUUAAGGUCAAGCAAACCCUGAAGAAGCUGUCAGAGGUAGAAGAGAGCAUCAACAGGCUGAUGCAGGCAGCGUAACUGACAGCGGAGGAAGGAGCGAUGAAGUGAAGGUGCUCACAGACUUUCUCCACUGACCUUUUGAAAGUCCUGUUUGCCCAUUGGUGUUACCAAAAGACAUUGUAUACAUGUAUGAAAGUCUUCAAGAACAAAUAAAAAAUAUAUUUUUAAAAGUGGGUAAAAAGGAAAACCCUCAAAUUCCAAUCUUGCCCGUCUGCUUGCUGGGUUCUUUCACAUCUGUUCCAUUGGAGAGGUUACCAUAUUUUAGCAUACCUCAAGAUUAUGAGGGACACUUAUAAAAACAUACUGAAAUUUGCCAGGUGGUGGAGGCACACACCUUUAUUAAUCCCAGCACUUGGGAGGCAGAGGCAGGCAGAUCUCUGUGAGUUCCAGCUCAGCCAGGGCUACACAAGGAAACCCUGUCUCGAAUAAAUAAAAACAAACAAACAAAAAGUGAAAUGAAACAGGAGGCUGGAGGGUAUGCAGCUCCCGGUAAAGUACUCAUUUAGAGUUCGAGAGAGUGGGGCAAGUUCACCUGAGAGCCUCAGGGUCAAUAGGAUUGAUGCUUUGGAAUUCUUUCCACCUGUUGUUUGUUCCUGGGAGAGCUGUUAGUAAUUCACACAUGGCGAAUUGUGUAUCAUAGAAUAUUCUUGAUAUUUCCCCUCAGAAAAUGAGGAAAGCAGUAUAGUCAUUUAGGCGGUGCUCUCCAGUGUGUGUUCUAAGCUGUGGUGCAGUAGAACCUGCCUACCUGGACAAGAUGUAACUUGAACCUAAUGAGAUUCUUCUGGGACUGACUGAUGUAGUCAAAUAUAUGUGGUGUAAAUCUAGAGGUUGGGUUUGACCAGAGUAGGGAUAAUCAAGCUUUUUAAAAAUUACAUUCAUAUUCUGUGUGUGUGUGUGUGUGCGCGCGCGUAUGUAUGUAUGUAUGUAUGCAUGCAUACAUGCAUGUAUGCAUGUAUGUAUGUAUGUAUGAUAAAGCACACAUGCUAUAGAAUGCCUGUAGAGGGCAGAAGACAAGGAAAUUUAGUUCUCUCCCAUAAUAUUGGUUCUAGGGCUUGAACUCUGGUUGUCAUUCAUAGCAGCAAGUGCCUUUCUCAAAGGCACACACAUGCACACACACACACAAAUGAGAAAGACACCCAGCAUCAACUUCUGGCUUCCACGUGUAUGUGCACACACACCAGACUGCAGAUGCGCCCAAGGACAUGCAAAUAUGCAUGUAUACUAAGAGAAAGCAUGAGGGACUAUUAUCAUGAAAAUUGUUCUAGUAGGAGUAUCUUAAUGGACUUUGCUUUAUUGAGACAAAAUGCAGUUCAGGAGAAAGGUUCAUCUUGGCUCACCGUUUUGGAGGGUUCAGUCCAUGGCCACUUGGUUCCCUUGUUUUGGACCUGAGGAGAGGCAGAACAUCAUGGCAGAAAGCAGUGAAGCAUCGUCCUGCAACCAGGAAGCUCCAAGAGAUUGGGAAGAAGCAGGCUUUCAGUCUCCUUCAAGGGUGUGUCCCUAGUGACCUAAAUUCCUUCUGCUGGCUCCCACCUCCUAACAGUUCUGUCUCCCAGCAGCACCACAGGCAGAUGACCAGACCUUCAACUCACAGCCUUUUGGGGCAUAUCCAGGACCACCACAGCAAGCAGUUACCACACAGCAAGGAUAUUCCAGUAGAAGGCUUUAAUCCUUGUUGAACGUGUUUGUCAUCUGAUCCUGACGCGAGGAAAGCUUAGCUGCCUUCGAGUUACGCUUUUAUGCUUUUAAAAUGCUGUUCUCUUGCAUGUGGUAAUGGCACUCAGCUCUCAUGAGGCUACCCCAGGCCUUCUGGAAGUUCUUCCUUCUAAAUCAACUUGGAGAUGCUUUCAAAGCUUCCGACACCCCAUCUAAAAGCACUGGCUUCUUCCCUUACUGAAGGGACAAAAUUAGGUU